CCGAGGCUUGAAGAGCGACUAUGCCACAUCAAACUGUAUAAAACUCCCAUGAAUUUGCCUGCGGUGUGGGGGCUAAAUCUUUAUUAUUGUUGGAGAUAAUGCACAUAGCUGCACGUGCACGCGUCACGGAAACGAGGACACCCCGCCGCCGCUGCAAGAAAGACAGAGGGGACUCUGCCGUUCUUCUAUCAUUCUAAUCACCAUCCUAAGUACUAGCUCCUAACAUUUUGUGUUUUGGGGCUCAGGCGAGAAGUGACAACAACAUAGACCCCUCCUCUGCAGGGCGGAGCGUGCAUUUUCAUUUCGUAUUUUGUCUUUUUUUUCCCCUACCAUUGUAGCCUGCUCUGACACGUCUGCACUGAGUGAGUGGCAUUGGCACACUGUCAAUCGCUCACUACCGCUGCCAUCAAACACAUAAAACACACAGGCAGAGGCUGCAGCUCAUAAAUUUCAGCAGGGCAAGAUAUUUUUUGCGCAUCGUCUUAAUACACAAUCCUAAUUAAUUUCUUGUCGUUGUUGCUGCUUUAUUUCCUUAACCAGAAAUCUUCCAACUUUUUUUGGUUAAGAUUUCAUAUUUUUAUAGGAACAUUUGGACACCUUUGUGCUACAGAUUGUUUUUUUUAUUUUUUAUUUUUAUUUUUUUUUACAUUUGACAAUUGUCGCUGGAAACAUUCCGCGCAUUUUGCUGGCAACACCUGCCGAGAUUUCUUUGGUCUGUUUCCACAUUUGGAUAUUUUUUUGUUGUUGUUCAGCAGGAGGAUAUUUUUAAAUUUUUAUUUUAAUUUUUUUUUGGCAUCUUCAAGAGGAAAUGUGCCGGGAAUCUGGUGAAGAGCGCUAAAUAAAUGAGAGGUCACUAAGGAGCGUUUCUGUCAACACCGCCGGUCAAAUCAGAGCAAGAGGUGGAAAAAGAAAAAGACUGCUGCGAGGACUGGAUAUGAUGGACCGUCAAUUUUGACAAAGAAGUUUUCGGAAGAAGAAAGAUUCAUGUGUUUUCUCCCAAAUAGAGCUGCGCGUUUUGGCACUUUGGACCGCGCGUAAAGCAGCGAGACGACGCCGACAACUUGGACACAUUUUUACGCCUCAGAAAAACAAACAAAAACAAAAACAUCCCCCAUUUAGUAGUGAGACCGACAAAUAAGCCAAAAAGGGGGACAUCUGUGCUUUUAUUUUGGCCGGACAAUCAGUCGUCCAUCCUUUCUGCUUGCGGCAUAUGCUAUAGCCGAUUUCGUAUAUGAGUUUUUCAAUUUGUGUGGCUCAGUGCACAGACUCUUUAGCGGCUACUAUGGACGAUCAAGCCCGGAUCAUGCAGUCGAUCGGCGGUGUUAGUCUGGCCGGCCACUCGGUGCAAGGAGGCAUGGCACUGCCGCCUCCACAUGGACACGAUGGGACAGACGGAGACGGACGGAAGCAGGACAUCGGUGACAUUCUGCAUCAAAUAAUGACCAUAACUGAUCAAAGUCUGGACGAGGCGCAAGCAAAAAACAGGAAACAUGGACUGAACUGUCACAGAAUGAAACCAGCACUCUUCAGCGUUCUCUGUGAAAUCAAAGAAAAGACAGGUCUAAGCAUUCGUGGCGCCCAGGAGGAGGACCCUCCAGACCCCCAGCUUAUGCGUUUAGACAACAUGCUGCUGGCUGAGGGAGUGGCGGGACCAGAGAAAGGUGGCGGAUCAGCCGCUGCGGCGGCGGCCGCUGCCGCCUCUGGCGGGGCAGCCGACAACUCCAUCGAACACUCCGACUACAGAGCCAAACUCACCCAGAUCAGACAGAUUUACCACACGGAGCUCGAGAAAUACGAACAGGCAUGUAACGAGUUCACCACCCAUGUGAUGAAUCUACUGAGGGAACAAUCUCGCACGCGACCCAUCUCGCCCAAAGAGAUUGAGCGCAUGGUGGGAAUAAUCCACCGUAAAUUCAGCUCCAUCCAGAUGCAGCUAAAGCAAAGCACCUGCGAGGCUGUCAUGAUCCUGCGCUCCAGAUUCCUUGAUGCCAGGCGGAAAAGGAGAAACUUCAGCAAGCAGGCGACGGAAAUUUUGAACGAAUAUUUCUACUCCCACCUUAGUAACCCAUAUCCGAGCGAGGAAGCUAAAGAGGAGCUGGCCAAGAAAUGCAGCAUCACUGUUUCCCAGGGGGUGGGAAGCACCAUCACAGUAUCACAGGUAUCCAACUGGUUUGGCAACAAAAGGAUCCGAUACAAGAAAAACAUUGGCAAGUUUCAAGAAGAAGCCAACCUGUAUGCCGCCAAGACUGCCGUAAAUGCAGCGCACGCUGCAGCUGCUGCAGUGCAGAACAGCCAGGCCAACUCACCUACCACUCCUAACUCUGGAUUCCAGAUGAAAGAUGAAGAGUUUCAGCUGGAUUCUGCAGAGAGCAAAAACACUCUUUUAAGCAACAUGUUUACUGGUUCUUCAGGUUCUUUUAGCCUCCCAAACUCGGGGGACAUGUUCUUGAGCAUGCAGAGUCUGAAUGGGGAUUCUUACCAAGGGGCACAAGUCGGAGCCAAUGUACAGUCACAGGUGGAUACCCUGCGCCAUGUUAUCAGUCAGACGGCAGGAUACAAUGAUGCCCUGGGUGGGAACCCCAUGUACAGUCAACACAACUUAAACGCUAAUGGAGGAUGGCAAGAUGCAACAACUCCGUCUUCUGUAAUAUCUCCCACAGAAGGACCUGGAAGUGUGCAUUCCGAUACCUCAAAUUGAUCCGCUAUAAAAGCAUCUUCGCCCCAAGCUGGCCAUGGACUUUUUCAAACAGGCUUGACCAACGGCAGAGGAUACAAAACACACACCCGGUUUCCCCAAACGGAUUGGUUUUCAAGUACUCCGAAAUUUUUCCGGGACUCUUCGGCGCACACGCAAAUGGCAUCCUCCAUUAAGAGCACCAAGUGUUUUCUGAUCGCUCAGUGUUUUCUUUCCGUCUUCAUAAAUCAAGUGUAAUCACCUUGCUUUUCUUUGUUUAUUGUGUGGGGGGGUGAACAAAUAGACAUGUAUAAAUAUAAACGCCUUCAAACUUUCAGGAUGAUUUAAUUAAUGUAAAAGAACAGACGACAUUAUGAGACUUUUAAAAAGUCACUUUCUUAUUAUAUUGAUUAGGACUCCAGUUUAAUAAUUCUGUUUUCUUGACAGCAGUUUUCUGGCGUUUACACCCUAAUUUUUUAGUUUUACUUUUUGUUCUGCUCCUAAAGUUCAGAAAUGAAAUCCCCCCACAGUUGAUCACUGUGUCAUGGCACACAGGAGGAGUUGUACAUAAUAUAGUUUAAGAGUAAUUAUGCAUCCUACCAAUCGAUAAACAGCUUCAUUACCUCAUUUAUAGAAAACAGUCAUUUCCAACAUUUCUGUAGCUUAGAGUGCUCACUUUCUACCUCUAAACUAUACCACCGCCACUGUUUCGUUGGCCCCGAUUUGGUGUUUUUCUCUUCUUAUUUUUUGGCCACAUCUCAAAAAACACUGUAAAUUCUUCAUUCAUUCUAUGUAAUCUAAUGUAUAUUUUAAUCUUUUAAUAAAAUUAAGUUGCAACGAUGCAACUUCAAAUUAAAAAAAUGAAAAAAAAAUGAAAAAAAAAUAGCAAAGUGAUCACAAUAUCAGUACCUUGGUAAAUUGACAGGGGGGAUCGGGCUUUAAAGGUGUUGUUUAAAGGUGUUGGUCUGUGGCUUUUACUGAAGGGGGGGAGGGGUUGGUGAUGAAUAUUGUUGAUAAAUGCCAAACAGUAAAACUGUUGUAAAUACAGAGGGAAAAAAAACAUUUUGAAUGUUGCUCAUCUUGUUACUAAAUCAUUUCAAAAAGGAUUAAAAAAAAAUCAUUCUAAAAAUAAUGCAUAGAGGUUUCAGUAUUCACAACUGUACAUUUCCAGCUCUGGUCUUCAGGGUUCCAGACUUCUUUUCUCUUUUUUCUAAUGUAUGUGAUUCUGAAACUGAAACGUCAUGACCAAUGAUUUGUGGCAGUGAUUCUAAUGUACUAAAGAUGUUUAGUGUUACUUUCUAACCAGACUACACCCUGGACAGAAAAGUCUUCCUUGUGGUAGUUGUGUAAUUUCAAACAUGAAUAAACUUUUUGCUUUCAUGACAUA